AUGGCCACCGAUUGGCGCUAUGCCAGCCAUUAUAGCUCCAUCGAGGCCGUGCCUCUCCAGAGGGAACAGCGCAGCAAAGGAGGCUUGGGCAGAGCCAGCCUGCAGCUGCGCUGCGCGCUGACAAGUCGCUUCCCCGUUAAAGACGCUCUCAAAGCGGCUUACAAAAAUGAAUCUAAGUAUCGUGGCCUAGUGGUUAGGGUAUUGGUCUUCGAGGAGAAGACUCCGGUUCGAAUUCCUGCCCGGCAACAAAAAUGCACGUGGUGA